UGUUAUUACAUUGCCUGCUCACGCUAAUGUGUGACUGUGCUGCGUUUCUAGGUACAGCUCCCAUUACUGAGUUCCCAGCUGGUGUCGCUGCUGCCAUGGAGGUGGGCAGCCUCCCUGUGGAGCUCUGGAGGCUUAUUUUGGCCUAUCUUCCCCUCCCAGACUUGGGGCGCUGCUGCCAGGUGUGCCGAGCCUGGCGGGAGCUUGUCCUGUCCUUGGAUAACACCCGCUGGAGACAACUGUGCCUGGGCUGCCCGGAGUGCAAGCAUCCCAACUGGCCCAGUCAGCCUCAUGUAGAGCCACCGUCCUGGAGAGAGGCCCUGAAACAGCACGCUUUGGCCACCCGCACAUGGACUCAAAAUGGACCAGAGCUUCAAUCAUCUGCCUGCUUGGUGUUUUUUCGCCGCCGGAAAGAUCGCAGAACUUGGCAUGUUGGACCAGGAUGUGAAUUUGAGACCUUACGUGGUGCUCUUGGUGUAGCUGGGCCAUAUGAUCGUGUUGUUCUCCACCCAGGAGUGUACGAGGAGCAGGCUGAACUGGCUAUAAAGGUGCCAGUGGAGUUGAUAGGACUGGGUACUCUAGGUGAGGUGGCCCUCUUAGUUUGUAUAGAGCAACAGUGCCCUACUGCUCGUCUAUGUAAUCUAGUCUUCAUGCCACCGUGGUUUUCUACAGUGGUCUACAAGACAUCAUGGGGACAUGUUCAACUAGAUAACUGCAAUUUUGAAGGAGCUCAGCUACAAAUUCGUGGACCAGGAACUUGCCAGGCUCGAUUCUGCUCCUUCUCGCAGAGCAGUUCUGCCCAUUUAAUUGGUGUUGCACUUAGUUUACUGGACAGCUGUGAUUUUUCAGGCAGUGAUAUAGCCUCUGUAACAGUUGAAGGCCCCCCUACAUCAGAAAGGAACUGGGCUUGUAAACACUUGGCUGCCCUGACAAGGACAUUUCCGACUUGUUUUGUAUCCGAGAGUAGUGGCAAUCUAAAACCUAAUUCCUUAUCCUCUGUUGAACCUCAUCCCCCAGGAUGCAAUAAUAAGAACUCUAUGAGCAUCGAUGAAUGGCAGAAGAAGGUUUUGUUAGAGGGUGUGUGCCACAGCACAGUCAUUGAAGAUGGAUGGAGUGAUGGUGAGCAUAGUGAGGCAGAAGACGACAAUCUAGACAGUGAAACGGGAAAUAAAAGUAUCUCUUUUACUUUGGAUUACAAAAUUCCAUGUGACCAUCACGGCCUGUCCCACCUACUGAAGCCCCAGACAAAUGGCUCCCUUCCACUGGCUUCUUGCCCUGAUCCACCAUCUGAAACACCAGAGCCUCUCACUUUUCAGCAAGAACUAGAGCGAGAUCCAGAGGCUAACAUGCUGGCAGCAUCGACUUUAGGAUGCAUCCUCAGACGGUGCCUCUUUAGAGAUGGAAAAGGAGGAGUCCAUGUCUCAAAUUAUGGACAAGCUCGGCUAGAAGGCAAUGUUUUUCGUGGGCUAAAUUAUGCUGUUCGAUGUAUUCAAAAUUCCACAAUCGUAAUGCUGAGGAAUGAAGUGUGCGAGUGCCGGGCCUCUGGUGUGUUUUUGCGCCUCUCUGCUCAGGGUCUUAUAGCAGAAAAUAACAUCCACUCAAAUGGAGAAGCAGGACUAGACAUUAGAAAGGGAGCAAACCCUAUCAUUGUGUGUAACCAAAUACAUAGUGGUUUGCGUUCUGGUGUUGUGGUACUUGGAAAUGGAAAAGGAUCCAUACGGAGUAACCUGAUCUACAACAACAAAGAGGCUGGUGUAUAUAUACUCUUUAGUGGGAAUCCUGUGGUUAGUGGGAAUCACAUUUUUCAGGGCCAGGCAGCAGGGAUUGCCAUUAAUGAGAAUGGAAGAGGAAUGAUAACAGAUAAUGUGAUCCGAGAGAACCAAUGGGGCGGUGUGGACAUCCGCCGAGGAGGAGACCCAGUUUUGAGGAAUAACUAUAUUUGUCAUGGCUAUUCCGAUGGCGUUGUGGUGGGAGAAAGAGGUCGUGGACUUAUUGAGGGAAAUCAUGUUUACUGUAACAAAGGCUGUGGUGUGUGGGUUAUGUCAUCCAGCCUCCCACAGCUCUUAGGAAACUUCAUCACCCAUAACUGCAUGUAUGGGCUGGCAGUAUUUUGCAGGAAGGAUCCAGAGAAUAUUGAAGUGAGAGAGGGAAACUGGCCAGGGCAGGAUGGCAUGGGAGACGGAGGAGCUAAUGGGGAGAGAAGAGGAGUGGAGGCGGAAGGACGAGAUGGUCAGGAGAACCUUAAUGAGGAGGGGGAGCUGUUUGCCUGGGAGAGUGAUCUGGACAGCGAGGAUGAGCGUCACUCUGCCCGACGCUCCAUCAGUGUGGCAUUAGUGGAGGGUAACUGCAUGAGCUACAAUGGAGCUGUUGGACUUUAUGUGAAGAGCAGUGAACCACUCAAUGCAUUUAGUAACCUUGUGAAUUGUAACCGUGGAACUGGCAUUGCUGUCCAGCAGAGCAGUCAGCUAACUCGACUGGUUGCAAACUGCAUUUUGGAAAACGGCCGUGGUGGUGUUGCAGUGGAGAAGGAUAGUCGAGUGGAACUUCGAGGAAAUGGCAUUUAUGAAAAUGGAGGUCAUGGACUUGUUUUUUGUGGAAACGGACAGAUAGUGGAAAAUGACAUGCUGGGAAACUGUGGAUAUGGGAUUCAGGUGUCUGGAAAUGCUGAUAUUAAGGUCUUGCGCAAUCGUGUUCAACCCGCACAGGGCUGUGGAAUUGCUGUACUAGGAGCUGUAAGAGGUGUUGUCCACGACAAUGUGAUAUUCCAGGGACAUCCUGGAAACAAAAAAACUCUGCUGUACAUGGAUCCAGGCAAUGAGAGCUGUGUCUUACGCAACAAUAGUAUUAUAAAGCAUAAUAACUGCAAUACGUUUGCUUCUGCUUUUAUGCUGGAAAAUCCUCCCCCUCGUCCACAAGCCAGCUCUCCCGGCCUUUCCUCAUCUCAAUAUCCUUCACGGCUUGGAAUUUCUAUGACAAACAGGAUAAGUGCCACUGUAGAGAAUGGAUGCCACAGUGGUAGCAUGUUUUGCACUAUCCUCUGAGUUCUGGAGAGCAUUAAUGAGUGAUAAUUUAGU